AUGAGUAAAAGACAAACUUUACAAAUUCUUGAUUUUGAUGAGGUUUCACCACAACCAAAAAUGUAUGAAGCCAGUGAAAUGAAAAGGAACUUAACCCGUGAUUUUGAUCUACCAUGGUUUAUUAAGAAUUCCGAAGAAUCCAUCACAGCUGAUGACAGUGUUUCGCAAGUUAUCGAAAAUCAAACAAGACUGGAUAUUGUAACUAUUCAGACUAAAAUAGACCAGUGUAAAGAAAGACAGGAAAUUGAAAUGGCUAAACUUAAAAUUCAGAAACAAGAAGAAUUGUUAGCUUUAAAAAUGGAAUUGGCAUUAGCAAAUGCAAAACUUGACAUUGAAUCUGAAUGUGGCAGUCAUAUUAGUCAAUCAAAUUUUGCCAGUAGAUUCCAAAAAAGCAAACCCAAAGAAAAUCGACCGAAAAAUACGACUUCUAGAGCCGAUUAA